AUGCAAUGUUAUACCGAGCUGCUGCCCCCUUCAGGGGUAACGCAUGCUCUGUCCGUUCCUUUCCUGUCGGCAACAUCCAACAAUCUGAUAGUGGCAAAAACUACCCUCCUCCAGGUGUUUAAUCUGGUUAAUGUUGUCUACGGAUCUGGUCCUGGCCAGCCAGAUGAGAAAAUUCGAUCACAGUACACCAAAUUAGUGCUGGUGGCUGAAUAUGCUCUCUCGGGUACCAUUACAGAUUUGGGUCGAGUGAAAAUACUUGACUCCAAAAGCGGUGGAGAAGCUGUUCUUGUCGCGACCCGUAACGCCAAACUUAGUCUCAUCGAAUGGGAUCCUGAAAGACAUCAGAUUUGUACGACCUCCAUUCAUUAUUACGAGAGGGAUGAUGUAAACAUAAGCCCUUGGACGCCGAAUCUUGCCAGCUGUCCCAGUUAUUUGACAGUUGAUCCGAGCAGCAGAUGCGCGGUACUCAAUUUUGGCAAAAAGAACUUGGCUAUUUUGCCAUUCCACCAGGUGGGCGAUGACCUGGUUAUGGACGACUUCGAUUCGGAUGUUGAAGAACCGCAUAGGAAUAUGAAUCAAACGGCGGAAGAGACGGACGAGGCAAAUAAGUCCAAUGGACCAGUAUUCCAAACUCCGUAUGCAUCGUCCUUCGUUCUCCCAAUAGCAGCUCUAGAACCCUCAAUGCUUCACCCUAUAAGUCUAGCAUUUUUAUACGAAUAUCGGGAACCUACAUUUGGCAUAUUAUAUUCGCAAGUGGCUACAUCCUCUGCUCUGCUACAUGAUCGAAAAGAUGUAGUCUUUUACUCGGUUUUCACGCUAGAUCUAGAGCAACGCGCAUCUACUACCUUACUCUCGGUUUCCCGCCUCCCAAACGAUUUAUUCAAGGUUGUUCCGUUGCCUCCGCCUGUUGGAGGAGCGCUGUUGAUUGGAUCGAAUGAGCUAGUCCAUAUCGACCAAGCGGGCAAGACUAACGCCGUGGGAGUGAAUGAAUUCGCUAGAGAAGCGUCUAGCUUCUCAAUGGCUGAUCAAUCUGAUUUGGAAAUGCGCUUGGAAGAUUCUAUUGUGGAACAGUUAGGAGCGGAAAAUGGCGAUAUGUUAUUGGUAUUACUCAAUGGCAAAAUGGCGGUACUCAGUUUCAAACUUGACGGGCGAUCGGUAUCUGGAAUAUCUCUGAGGCCGGUCCCAGACCAGGCAGGCAGCUCUCUCUUAAAGGCGAAGCCGUCUUGCUCUGUUCCAGUUAGCAGAGGCAAAAUCUUUUUCGGCAGUGAGGAAGGUGACUCUGUAUUGAUGGGAUGGUCACGUCCAUCUGCUAGAACGAAGGAUCCACGAGCACAACGAACGGGCGAGGGCAACAUCGCCCAGCUCUCUGACGAAGACGACGACGAUGAGGAGGAGGAUGAUGACGAUGAUGCAUAUGAGGAUGACCUAUAUGCGACACCAAUGACUACAGGAAUUAAAGCCCGAGAUUAUGUAUCCGUGAACGGCACAGGCUUCAACGAUUAUAUUUUUCGAAUCCAUGAUCGCCUGUGGAAUCUAGGUCCAAUGAGAGACCUGACCUUAGGACGACCCCCUGGCCCGCGAGAUAAGGAUAAACGCCAGCCUGUCUCCAGCAUACUAACAAAUCUAGAGCUUGUCACAACCCAGGGAUAUGGCAAAGCUGGCGGUCUUGCAAUCCUCAGGCGCGAAAUAGAUCCUUUUGUCAUCGAUUCAUUGAUGAUCAAAGACACGGAUGGCGCACGGUCUGUGUAUGUUAAAGACCCUAAGCUGCCUUCUCAAAGUGGGUCUCUUCCAUUGAAUCCUGGUAGCAACUAUGACCACUACCUCCUGUUAUCCAAGUCCAAAGGCUUGGACAAGGAGAAAUCAGUUGUGUACAGAAUGAGCAGUGGAGGGCUAGAAGAAACCAAGGCGCCUGAAUUCAACCCCAACGAAGACCGCACUAUUGACAUUGGAACACUUGCUAGCGGGACCAGAGUGGUGCAAGUUCUCAAAGGUGAAGUACGGAGCUAUGAUAGUGGCCUUGGGCUCGCUCAAAUAUUUCCUGUGUGGGAUGAAGAUAUGAGUGAAGAAAAAUCCGUCGUUCAUACAAGUUUUGCCGAUCCCUAUGUUCUGAUAAUCCGCGACGACCAAUCCAUACUGCUCCUUCAAGCGGAUGAAUCUGGUGACUUGGAUGAGGCAGAAACCGAUGGUAUCAUUAAUUCAACAACAUGGAUUUCAGGAUCGCUUUACCAAGAUAAAUAUCGAUCAUUCAACUCAUAUGAAGGGCCGCCCAACAUGAAACAAUCGGAUAACGUCCUCUUAUUCCUCCUUAGCUCGGAGUCAAAACUCUACGUAUUCCACCUUCCGAACGCGAGGGAGCCAGUGUUUACUACGGAAAGUAUUGAUCUAUUGCCCCAAAUACUUUCAACAGAACCUCCCCCAAGACGAGUAACCUACCGCGAGACCAUAACGGAGUUACUCGUUGCGGAUCUAGGCGAUUCUGUUAGCAGAUCCCCUUACUUAAUCUUGCGAUCCAGCAAUAGCGAUCUCAUCUUAUACGAGCCAUACCAUUACACCUCUUCCACUGAAAAGCAAUUCUCUGAUUUGCGGUUUGUGAAGAUCGCUAAUCAUCAUUUUCCCAAAUUCCAUUCCGAAUCAAAUGUGGAGAAACAUCCUGCGAACUGCACCACGCUAUCGAAGCCACUGCGUGUCUUAGGGGAUGUUUGCGGCUAUCGAACAGUGUUUAUGCCUGGGAAUUCUCCUUGCUUCAUAAUAAAAUCUUCCACAAGCAUUCCACAUGUUAUGAACCUCAGGGGGAAAACAGUCCAUUCGCUAAGCAGCUUUAAUAUACCUGCAUGUGAGAAAGGGUUCGUCUAUGUCGAUACCGAUAAUGUUGUGCGGAUGUGCCGAUUUCCUAGGAACACUCAUUUUGACGGCUCCUGGGCUGCGCGAAAAAUUGGUCUCGGUGAACAAGUGGAUGCCGUUGAAUAUUCCUCCUCAUCCGAAACAUACGUCAUAGGAACCAACCAAAAAGUCGACUUCAAUCUACCAGAAGACGAUGAAAUCCAUCCUGAAUGGCGAAACGAAGUGAUAUCCUUCCUUCCCCAGAUCGACAAAGGGAGUGUUAAACUGCUAACCCCAAGGACAUGGUCUAUUAUUGAUAGUUAUAACUUGCGAAAUGCGGAGCGUAUAAUGUGUGUCAAAUGUUUAAACCUUGAGGUGUCCGAAAUUACACAUGAACGUAAGGAUACGAUCGUAGUAGGUACAGCACUCACGAAAGGAGAGGAUAUUGCCGCCCGUGGUUGUAUCUAUAUUUUCGAGGUCAUCGAGGUCGUUCCCGAGGUUGACCGACCGGAGACCAACCGGAAGCUCAAGUUGAUCGCCAAGGAGGAAGUUAAGGGAGCUGUGACAUCUCUCUCUGGAAUUGGUGGUCAAGGGUUUUUGAUUGCAGCCCAAGGCCAGAAAUGCAUAGUCAGAGGCCUCAAAGAGGAUGGGAGCCUUCUCCCGGUGGCGUUCAUGGAUAUGCAAUGCUAUGUUAACGUGCUCAAAGAGCUCAAGGGUACGGGCAUGUGCAUCAUGGGAGACGCCUUGAAGGGCCUUUGGUUUGCGGGGUAUUCCGAGGAGCCAUACAAACUGUCUCUUUUCAGCAAGGAUGACGGUACCCUCCAAGUGAUGGCCGCUGACUUCCUUCCUGAUGGAAAUCGCCUGUAUAUACUGGUCGCUGAUGAUGACUGUAACAUACAUGUUUUGCAGUAUGACCCUGAAGAUCCUGGUUCUUCCAAAGGCGACAGAUUACUGCACCGCAGCACCUUCCAAACAGGCCAUUUUGCCUCAACCAUGACCUUACUCCCUCGAACAGCAACUUCAUCAUCACAAGGACCAGACGCCGACCCGGACAUGAUGGAUCUUGACUCCUCUGGGCCCCUUCAUCACGUACUUGUAACAUCCGAAACCGGGUCUAUUGCACUUAUCACUCCAGUUUCUGAAACGUCAUAUCGACGCCUCUCAGCGUUGCAAUCCCAGUUGACCAAUACGCUCGAACAUCCUUGCGGACUUAACCCUCGUGCAUUUCGAGCUGUUGAGAGCGACGGGAUUGGUGGACGAGGUAUGGUUGAUGGUGACCUGGUGAAAAGAUGGCUUGAUUUGGGCACUCAGCGAAAGGCGGAGAUUGCAAAUAGGGUGGGUGCAGAUGUAUGGGAAAUUCGUGCUGAUCUGGAGGCAAUUGGGAAGGGAGGGUUGGGAUAUUUGUAAAAUGUUUUUAAAAUAUCUUUUUCCUACCCCUUCCAUAUCUGGUAGUAAUGCCUAGGUUAUAUAUUUAGGUGUCUAGAGACAUAUUUCUGAUCUAGGAGGCUAUAUAAUACAUUGAAGAGGUCGAUCGAAUUC